ACAAGCAAAUGUUGUAGAGCAAGUAUGCAUUAUACAAAAUAAUAUAUAUUUAAAAUCCAUACAAAAACAUAAAAGUUGUUAUAGGCCUCUUUCUAACACAUGCACACUCUAUUAUGAAUAAGAAUUAAAAAAAAAAACCAGUAUUGUCAUCAAACUUUAUCACAAAUCCACAUUUGUACAUCUAUAAUUAUGAAUUGGACAAUUAGUUAAUUUGAUACAAUACCAAAGCAAGAAUAAUCGAAAAACAACUAUACCACCACAUACUAAUAAGUAACACAUAACAGAUAACCAAAUUCUUGAAUCUUAAAACAAAUUUCAACUCGAGCAUUUAGUGAAUAUCAAAUUAACUAAUAUCCCACCCGUAGGGCGGGCCGGCCCUAGUAUAUAUAUGUAUAUAUUCCAUUAAUACGGAACAUGAAAAGAAAGGAGGCAGCUAGAAGCAACCGUGCGUGAGAGAGAAGAAACAAGGUUUUUGAAUCUUUUUGUGUUCUUUGGUUUUUACUUUAAUUUUGUACGAUAUGGACAAAAUCAGUCGACUGCCGGAUGAAUUAUUGGUGAAGAUACUAUCGUUUCUUCCAACAAAAGUUGCUGUUUCCACUAGCAUCUUGUCCAAACAAUGGGACUUUCUCUGGAUGUGGUUACCUAAACUCGACUACAGUACUAGAAAGUAUUCAGAGUCCGAACGCGCGAGGUUACGGCGUUUUCUUAACAAGAAUCUGCCAUUACACAGAGCUCCGAUUAUAGAAAGCUUCCGCCUCGAUUUUAUUGCUUCACAAUUCAAACCCGUGACAAUUAGAUCAUGGCUUCUAACCGCAGUUUCACGCAACCUACGAGAGGUGGAGGUUUCUCAUGGUUGUAAUAAUAAGGUGCUCAACAUGUUGCCAAGUAGCUUGUAUACUUGUAAAUCACUCGUGUCCGUGAAACUCAAUGGAAGAAGGCUUCUAGUGGAUGUUCCUCGUAUGGUUUCUCUCCCUUGUCUGAAAACUUUGCUGCUUCAGGAUGUGAAGUACAAGAAUGAAGAUUCUCUUCAGCGGCUUCUAUCUAAUUGCCCUGUUCUUGAAGAUCUAUUGGUGGAAGGAUGCAAAGGUGACAAUAUGGUAAAGUUCAUUGUUAUCGUCCCCUCGUUGCAACGUUUAACAGUCAAUAUACUUGAGGAUCUAGAUGAGUUUGUGAUGGAUACUCCUUCUUUGAAAUACUUCAAACUUGACUACUAUAACUACAAGAAUCACCACUGUUUGAUUGAGCGUAUGCCUAAGCUGGAGGAGGCAUAUGUAGAACUUAGCUUUAAUCAUGUUUAUAUUGAUAGGUUUAUCGGAUCAAUCACUUCUGUCAAACGUCUGACGUUAUGCAUAGAUGAUGUGUAUGGUGAUGGUUUUGUCUUCGACCAGCUUGAACAUCUGCAACUAUGCGCAUGCGAUGAACAACAUACGUCGGUUGCGGUGAUUAUCCGGUUGCUCAAAGAUUCACCUAACUUACGAGUACUAGACCUAUUCAAAAUGGAAUAUCAUAACCCUAUUGGUCUGUAUACUUGGAAUCAACCAAGUACUGUUCCGGAAUGUAUUUUGUCGAGUCUACAAACUUUCAAGUGUUCAGGAUACUUAGGAAGACCAGGAGAAAGAGAUCUUGUGAUUUAUAUAUUAAAAAAUGCUAAUAACUUAAAGACUGCAACAAUCUGGUUUCCGACGGUUGACAUGAAAAAAGAUUUGGUUCUUUCUUCUCGAGCUUCAAACGCAUGCCAACUUGUAUUUGAUUGAGGAUAGGAUCUAUACACCUUUUUGUUUUUGGUUAGGCUUUGUCUCUCUUAUUAUACUCUUGUUUUUUUAUAUAAAGGAUGAGUAUUACACUGAAAAUAAUAUAUAUAUAUGUAUUCCAUUA